UGACUGUUGAACUUUUUCUCUAUCAGUUGUAAGCUAAAGCUGGUGAGAUGUCUUCAAGCGGUUCUGGUGGUGGUCAUAGUAGCCACACGGGCAAUCUAAAUCAUAAUCUUAAUCUGGCCAAGCUCGAUACAUCGUCGUUGCAUCAAAUGAUCCCAACGUCGACUAUGAACAAUGGAAACUUUUCGAUGCCGUACAUCCCGUCCGUAUCGUCUGCAGCUGCGGCCAACAUGUCAUCGGUGGCAAAUAUGACAGCAGCGUAUUUCAACACAAAAGGUGCAGCCUAUGGAACUCCACAUCUGGGCUUCCCAACAGCUCCCACUCAUAACUUUCUCCCAACUGGUAUGGGAUACAUUGGUGGGAGCCUGGCCGAAUGCCAACCAGCAGGACUUGCAUGGAACGCUGGCGCUCCGCCCAGGAAACAACGUCGCGAACGUACGACGUUUACUCGAAGCCAGUUGGAGAUUCUGGAACAUGCGUUUCUGAAGACUAGAUACCCGGACAUCUUCAUGCGAGAGGACAUGGCACUGAAAAUUCAACUGCCAGAAAGCCGAGUUCAGGUGUGGUUUAAAAAUCGACGUGCAAAGGCUCGCCAGCAGAAGAAAUCGCAACAGAACAGCUCUGCCGGCAGCACCGGUUCGUCUUCAACGGAAGGCACCAAUUCCACUGCCGACGCUGAUGUAAAUAUCAAAUCCGAAGAACCUGGUGAGACAACGUUGAGCGAACAUUCGCAGAGUCCUUGUCCCGAUGAUAAGACGGCGUCAAGCACGAGCUAUUUGAGCACCGCCGCUUCGCCAAAUAACUAUGCCGCCACUUCGUUUCGACCGCAGGCACAAUAUAGUUAUGCAAGCUACCAAAGUCCAAUGGACUACUUCCAAUAUACGCAACCAUCAUCAGCAACUACUACAAAUCCGUAUGGGAUGGAAUCGUGGAAAUUUCAACCAAUGGGCUAAAUUAAACGAGAUUCUUGAUGUUUUAUGACUGUGGGCAAGAUUCAGUGAGCGUGGAUAUGCAUUUGCGCACACGUGUGGCACGUGCAGACGAGUGCGAAGCGCUACAAAAAUUUCGUUGUCUGCGUUUCUCCGUCUAAACGCUCUCGCUCGUGUUUCUCCCUCUUCGUGCAUCCUUUCACCACGUAUACUAUUUUAAUUACCAUUAUUGUCAAUGUAAGGAUUACCACUGAGAAGUUUGGAUAAGGUAGUUAGUUAUUGACUCAGUAUAAUAUACAAACAACCCGUGACCUAUACGCAAAUGUGAUUUGGUUUUAUAUGUUGUAAUUUGUGAUCUUUCUUUGCUGUAAUCGUCUUUUGAUGUAAUUUGGUAGUGUGGAUAGCUUCUAUCAUACAUCGUUUGUACUUAUAGACAAGUUCUUGAUCUCCAUGGCUACCAAAUCGCAUCCUUACUCUUUAUUGAUACUGUUGCAUAAGGCUAUAUACAGUCACUAUAACUCAACUAAGGUGAAUCUGUCAUUACGCAAGUUAUAUAGAGAUUACCAUCAUUAUUUAAAUCAUUUGAUUCCUUGAGUUUUUCCAUCUGAGGCUUGAAUAAAUAAGAAACUUAUUGAAAACUACGUGAAAGCU